CUUGGUCUGUUAGUAAAGCAGACAGGUCGGUACAAUGCAUGCGGGGUCAGAGUAUAAGUUCUUGCGUCAGCCAAAGCAUGUUCACUUCUUCAGGUCUCUGAACUAUUUUUGAAUUUCAACUUUACAGAGCCACCAAAAUGCCUACGAUUCGCAAUCCUGUCCUGCCUGGAUUCAAUCCAGAUCCUUCGAUAAUCAGAGUUGGCACUGAUUAUUAUAUCGCCACGUCGACGUUCGAAUGGUUCCCUGGCGUCCAGAUUCAUCAUUCUACCGACCUUGCAAACUGGAAACUCAUCACUCGUCCUCUGGAUCGCAAAGGUCUUUUAGAUAUGAGAGGAGAUCCAGAUAGCGGUGGUAUCUGGGCUCCUUGUCUUUCAUACGACGGUCAAAAGUUUUGGCUUGUGUAUACUGAUGUGAAGAGAAAAGACGGCACAUUUUGGGACUUGAAGAACUAUAUCACUUCUUCCGAGUCCAUCUAUGGACCUUGGGCAGACCCCAUUCAUGCGAAUUCUUCAGGCAUCGAUCCUUCACUAUUUCACGAUGAUGACGGUAGAAAGUGGUUCGUCAAUCAGCGAAGAGACCAUCGUUUUCCAAACAGAGAACAUUUCUGUGGCAUUAUGCUACAGGAGUUUGACCCAAAAGCUGGGAAGCUUAUUGGGCCGCAGAAGAAGAUCUUUGAUGGGACUGAGAUUGGUAUCACAGAGGGGCCACAUAUCUACAAGCGGCACGGGUGGUACUACCUUCUUACAGCCGAAGGUGGAACUUCAUACGAUCACUCAUGCACUCUUGCUCGAUCUCGAAGCAUUUGGGGUCCUUACGAACUACACCCGGACAAGUACAUCCUUUCCUCACGUGACUCUCCAUCAACCGAACUCCAACGUGCUGGGCAUGGAGAUCUAGUCGCGACACCAGACGGAAGAACCUAUCUUGUUCAUCUUCUCAGCCGACCGAUAACAGAGAAUCGCCGCAGUGUCCUCGGACGAGAAACAGCUAUCCAAGAAGCAUUUUGGAAAGAUGAUGGCUGGCUAUACGUGAAAAAUGGACCGGUUCCUUCAACACUCGUCGAUGUACCAGGUACUCGAAAUGAGGACGACAAUUGGCGAGAGGUUCGAUACACUUUCGAAAAUGGGCUGCCUCUCGAUUUUCAAUGGCUUCGCACCCCAGAGCCAGACAGAAUCUUCUCCACUGACGCAAAACUGGUUCUUUACGGCCGUGAUGCUAUCGGCUCCUGGUUCGAACAAGCCCUUGUAGCUCGUCGCCAAACCCAUUUCUCAUAUGACGCCGAGGCAGUCAUCGACUUCCAGCCUGAGAACGAACGCGAGUUUGCAGGCCUCACUGCCUAUUACAGCCGCUUCAAUUUUUUCUAUCUUCACAUCACAGCUAAUGAAGAUGGCGAGAGACUCUUAUCUAUCAUGAGCUCGGAAGAAUCUUGGCCAACUGGGUCACUCGGAAUCCACCAUCUGGAUCCAGUCACGUUACCAGCCACGGGUAAAGUCAAGUUGGCGCUUACUAUAAGGGAGGCAGAGCUACAGUUCUACUACUCUGUUGACGAUAAGCCGCUCGAGAAGUACGGGCCUGUCUUGGACGCUUCUCAACUUUCAGACGAGUGCAGUUGUGGCCCUCGAGGUUCUGGAGGUUCUUUCACUGGUGCAUUUGUCGGUAUGGCUUGUUCGGACUUGAACGGGAAUGGCAAGUCGGCAGAAUUUGGCUAUUUUGUGUAUCUCUCAAACAUCAAUGGUUUGAUCCGCGGAGCUCUCGGCCUCCGCUUCGGAGCAAUUGACAGAAUAAUUGCAUCCUCAAUGUCGAAACUGCUUCCCGAAAGAGUAUCCAUUAUGGAUCAAGACCAUUGCGGCGCGUCUUACGCAGGUGUCAGCCUUAUCGGCAUUCCGCAGCACACCAAUUCCAUACGCGUAUCAAAGGAUAAGCCUCACUCGCCCCUCGCGAUUGGCGAACUGGCGAGUGGUGAAGGGGCGGGUAAGCCGGAAUCGGAAUAUUGGGCGAGCUAA